AGAAACAAGUUUCAUCCUUGGGUCUUGCAAGAAGAAAAAAUCUAUCAAAUAUGGCAGAUCAACAGAAGAUCCAUCCCGCUCGAGACGUGGAGGCGCCUCCACCAAAGAUGUCCCCCACGACUCCCCUGGUGCCACGGGAUGAAGCGAAAUCUGAAAAUAGCAAUCCAGCGCCGGUGGAGUAUCCUCCUCCCUUGAAACGCACCCUUCCUGCGAUGCAAACCAGACCACCCAAGAGGAAAAGUUGCUGCUGCAGGUGCUUGUGCUGGACAGUUUGUCUCCUCUUGCUCCAAAUUGUUGUCCUGGGAAUUGCUGCUGCCAUCCUCUAUGCUGUUUUCCAGCCAAAGCUACCGAAAUACUCUGUUGACAAACUACAGAUAACUCAGUUCAAUCUUGGUUCCGAUUCAAGCCUGUCUGCUGCCUUCAACGUGACCAUUACUGCUACAAAUCCCAACAAAAAGAUCGGAAUAUAUUACGAGGAAGGCAGCAGUAUGAGCGUUUAUUACACCACCACAAAGCUAUGUGAAGGGUCAAUGCCCAAGUUCUACCAGGGUCACCAGAACACGACAGUACUUGUCUUGCCCUUGACAGGACAAACCCAGAACGGGGCCGCUCUAAUCACUGCCGUUACUGAACAGAAGCAGCAGACAGGAAACAUUCCGUUGAAUCUGAGAGUGAAUCAACCGGUGAGGAUUAAACUUGGGAAGUUGAAGCUGAUGAAGGUGAAGUUCUUAGUGAAGUGCGGACUGGUGGUGGAUUCUUUAUCUGCAAAUAAUGCCAUUAGUAUUCGAAGUAGUAGCUGUAAAUUUAGCCUUAGAUUGUAAAUUAGUUAAUUUAUUGUUUUCAUUAUAGACUUCUACAUUUUUUCCACUAUUUUUUGAUCUUUACGAUUACUUUAUAUUACAUUUGAUGUAUAUUUUUUUAUGUGAUUUACAUUUUAUGUUUUAUGUAUUGAGGUAUAUUAUUAUUUUUUAAUGAAUUUUAUUUUAAAAA